AUAUGGCUGAAGAUGUCUAUGGGUUCUGAACACCCCUGUCUUCUGCUGUCCGCACGAGACUCCAGGACUUCCUGCGUCUUCCAGACCGCAGAUGAGAAGGAUGACAUCCCAGGAGUGGGAGAGGACAGCGUCCUGGAGAUGCUGAGUUACUCCAAGUUCUCGGACCUGGAGACAUGGCUGUGCAUGCCGUCCUCUCUGCUCCUGUCCAGGGCUCUGGACUCCGCCCACACGUCCUCGUCCUCCUCCACCCUGUCCUCCUCGCGAGCCUCCAUUCUCUCCUCCAACUCGCUCCCCGUGUCGUCCUCGUCCUCCCCGUCCUUCAACCACCGCCACUCCACCUGCAGCGAGCCGGGAGAGCUCAG